AAGUCAACAAGACUGUCUCUCCAAGCAUUCCAUAUAAUUACGUACUGACAUGUCCCAAUCUGCUUGCAACAGGCGGGUUUUGGGCCACUUGGGCUUCGACAUGGGACCCAAGCCCUCGUAAUUCGUACCGGCCUCUAAGCCUGAAAAAGGAGCCGUGCCGCUGCAGUGUGUCUCGUCAGCGAAGGAGGCUGAGUGAGUGCAAGGUUGAUGAACUGAGGUACCAGACAACUGUUUGUUGACUGGCAUUCUGGGAGACGGCCGCACACAGCUAUAUAUAUUCAGGUAUCACUAACAUGGAAACCCAUAAUUUCUCUUCAUAACUUCGCCGGUGGUCCACGCUAGGGUGUCUGAGAUACCACCCCAAUGCGAUGAGCUACCCUUCCGAAGGAGCCGGCUAGCUUUGUUUCUGUAUUUCCUCAACAAGACAUGUUGCGAGUGCACUCAGCCAACAUCCACGUUACGGCCCGAAAUAUUAAAUUAUGCUCUCGAUGGCCAAUUCAACGGACGGUCCCGCCGAGUCGGGGUUGAGACCGCAUAGUCCGGACUUCGCCUUCGACAGGCCACCCUCGUUCUCAGACGAUGUCGGGGAUGACGAUGACUUCUAUGGCGAUCAAGAUGGCGCCCAGUCUUUCAUACAGCCGGCCAUCAGCCCAAUUGCAACCCGGCUGACCUCUCCGAGGACCCCGGCGGCCGAGAAGGCCGCUGCCAUGGAUCGGGUCCGCGGCGGAGGACUGUUCGGGGCUGUGCAUGAGACGGGAGGUCCCAGCCGAAAGCCCACACUAUCGCCACCCACCUCGCCAGUGUCGCCAAAGAAGCUGAGCAAGCCACAAGAGACGCAAAGUAGUCCGACUCUUGACUCCAUACCGUCUGGCAACCGUCUGGUCAUUGCUGAUCCCGCAGCCACAUGGCACGCCGGGUCCAAAGAGCUGGCAGCUGGCGAGGCGAAGCCCCCCAGAUCUUCUAUGUCAGGCGUGUUUGGCGGGAAUGUGAGGCACAGGCGCUCGCAUUCGGUUGGGGAGAAUGCGCUGAGAAGGCUCUCAAAGGCCUUCCCAUCAAUCAACCUUCCCACCAGUUUCCUUCCUAACCUAUCGACUCCGUCAUUCUUCUCCUCCAGCUCGUCCCAUAAGGAAGCCACGGCUUUGACACAGUCACCCCAAGCACCACCCUCCAGAAUGCAGAAUUCCAGGCCUGCCAUCCAGCCCACCGGUGCCGAUGGGAGCUUCCAUGGCUCGCCGUCCGUGACUUCAAGGAGGUCGCAAGCGCUGCGCAGGUCGACUUCUGAGGAUUCCAUGCUUUACCAUUCCCUCGCACGAGUUUCGUCAUUUGGCGAUGACGAGCGGUUUACCCACAUUCGGGAGCAAGUGAACGUGAGAUUCAAGGCCAUCAGGGACAGCUGGGAUGGGCCCUCGUUCAAGCUGCCACAGAUGCCAAAUAUCUUACCGACGCCAAAAUCCGGCUCUUUACGGGCGAGCCAACGGACAAAUCGGGACGCCAUCUCGAGCCUGGAUGCUGUUCUUGAGACUCUGACCGGAGACAUUGUCGUCAUGGGCGGCUACAGGGGGUCCAUUCUUCGGUCCGCCCAAGCUCCGUACCGUCAGUUAUGGGUACCCGUCAAGGUCGGCUUGAACAUCCGCAAGGUUAAUCUGGAAGUUGGGCUGGAUCCGGAGGACGAAGAGAAGAUGGAGGAUCAGAUCUUCGCCUCGGGCAUGUUGCAGCACAUCGGCCCGGUCGACAUCUCGAGGAGGCUGUUCAAGAAGCUGCGGGAUUGCGAAAAUGUCCGCAGAGGGAAGCUUCGGAUACACGACUACGGAUACGAUUGGAGGCUGAGCCCUCACCUCCUGUCCCGCAAGCUGGUCGAAUUCAUAGAGAAGCUUCCUGCGAACCAUCCAAGUACGCCCCCCGAGCAGAGAGGCGCCCUGGUGAUUGCGCACAGCCUGGGAGGGCUGAUCACGAGGCACGCCGUGAACCAGAGGCCGGAGAUAUUCUCGGGCGUCGUAUUUGCCGGCACUCCGCAGAGAUGCAUAAACGUCCUGGGACCUAUCCGCAACGGUGACGCCGUCCUCCUCAACGAGAAGGUCCUGACGGCGCAGGUGAACUUCUCGCUGAGGACGACAUUCGCCUUACUCCCGGACGACGGCUUCUGCUUCAUCGACAAGUACACGCAGGAGGAGUACCCGAUCGACUUCCACAACGUCGACGACUGGAUCAAAUACCGCCUCUCGCCGUGCGUCUCCGACGCGCCACUGCCGCCGGCCGUGACCAAGAGCAACACCUUCGGCUCCCUCCGCAGCAUCUCGGAGAGCUUCUCGAGCCUGCCCCUCCGCAGCCGCACGAACAGCGAGCCGAAGAAGGCGCCCUCGCCCCACCGACACCCGGCCCCCGAAGCACCGCGCACCGCCAAGUCCGAGAUGACCAAGGACCGCACCCUGGCCCCGCAGAUGGGCAGCUCCUCCUCGGGCGACCCGGCCGCCAGCCCGCCCCCGUCCUCGCCGGCGGCGCGGUCCCGCAACAUCGCCUACCUGGCGCGCACGCUGGCGGAGACGAAGCGGUUCCGGGCCGAGCUGGCGCACCUGGCCGGGCACGCGGCGGCGAACGCGUACCCGCCGCUGGCGGUGGUGUACGGCAAGGACACGCCGACGGUUUGGGCGGCGCGGGUGGCGGGCCGGGAGGCCAUCGCGGGGGUGGCGGCGUACGACGACCUCGUCUUCCGGUCCGGCGACGGCGUCGUCCUGGCCAGGGAGGCGAUGCUGCCCGAGGGGUACGAGACGGCCAAGGGGGGGAGGGUCAGCACUGACCAUGGGCACAUCACCAUGCUUGGGGACCUGGAGGCCGUGGGGAGGGCGCUUGAGGCGGUGGUAAGGGGAAGGAGGAGGGGGAUCGGGCUUGGGGAGCGGAUUGGUGGGUAG